AUGCGUAGAUCGCUUUCCAACUCUUGGAGAAAUUAUUCAGGUCGAGAUACGAAUAGCUCGUCAGCACCUUUUAAUGCGUCUGAAACUGCGAUCGCUGAAGUAGAAGGAAAAAAGGAGGAGGAGGAAAGAAUAAAAACCUCAGGACCAUAUCCGUUAUCUAAUAGUUGGACUUUUUAUCGUGAUAAGUAUGUUGCAAAUGCUACUCCUGAAGAAUAUGCUCAGAAUCUAGUAGUCCUUGCGACGGUAGCGACCGUUCAGAACUUCUGGGCUGUUUAUAAUAACAUUCCCGGGCCCGACCAGUUGCAAUCACGAUGUAGUCAUCAUUUUAUGAAGAGUGGAAUAAGACCAGUAUGGGAAGACCCGAGAAAUGAAAAUGGAGGCGCAUGGUACUUUCGAGUGGACAAGUCAGAUACAGCGUUUGUCUGGAGGGAAUUGUUAAUGCAGUUAAUAGGAGAGCAGUUCGAAGACUGUAUCGCAGAGGACGAUGAUAUUUUUGGAUUGUCAGUUUCGUCACGUUAUAAUACUGACAUCUUUACGAUGUGGAAUCAAAACGCGAAUGCACCGAAUCUGUCAAAAGUACUAGACAAAUUGCUUGAAAUUCUCAAGCCGGUUCAGCUUCAACUCCCAUACUAUAAAGCACAUAAGGACCAUUCAAGUUUCAAGAAAUCUGACUCACCAGCUGCAAAUGGGCAAAUGUUGGGAUGA